AUGAAAAAACUAACUUUAAUUAAUGGAAAACCACAAAAUGAUAAGCAAUGUGGAAAAUUAGAUGAUAAAAAUGAGCAUUUGUCAAUCGCUGAAUAUCCACAUCUUUCUCACCUUAAUCUUGUUGAAGCUCAUGAUGAUUAUAUCGAAGGAUUUCUUGUUGAUACGAAAACCUGUUUAGCAAAUAAUCUAUAUCUUUCUGUUGAUUAUCAAGUAUUGAAAUAUGUGACACAACAUUUUACAAGUAAUAAAACACGAAAUAAUUGUAAAAAAACUGCGUAG